AUGCCAACCUUGCCCUACAAUCCUGGAGAUGCUGAGUUGACCUGUGCUGCCAAAGAUCCCUACCAGGAUUAUGUGAUGUCACUGGACACUCCGCCUGAUGCGCUUGCAGCCGAGUUUCAGCCUGAUUUUUCCAAAGAAAGUCAGGCAGGGCUUGAGGGUCAGAAACCCUUGCAGCAAAAGGAGCUUGAAUCUUCAGAUGAGAAGGAGAAUGCCCUGCUAGCUCCUGUUGAUGCAGCUAUUGCUUCCCGCAAUCUUCUUGGACGAGCUGAGGAGAAGGCUGUGGAGGAUGGCGCUCAAGAAGCUCAGGAGAGUGCUGCUUGUGAGGCUGAGCCAAAGAAGGCUCUGAAGGAGAGCGAAACGGAUGCUCUUCGUGAUCUUGAGGAAAGGGCCCUUAGCGCGACUGAUGAGAAUGAACGGAUGCAUCUUGAACUUGAAUGGGGAAAGGCUCUUCUUGCUAAGAAAGAAAAAACCAUGCGUGAGACUGAGCAGGCUGUGGAGGUGAAGACACUUCUCCUUGAGGCCAGCCAGAAAGCGCUUCAUGAUUGUCAUCUGCAAGCUGAACAGGAGAAGGCGGCUCUUCGCAAUGCUUUGGAGAUUUCUGAGAAGGAGAAGGCUCUGGCACGUGAUGCUCUGAAGAACUCUGAGAAAGAGAAGGCUCUGGCUCGUGAUGCUUUGGAGAACUCUGAGAAGGAGAAGGCUUUGGUGCGUGAUGCUUUGGAGAACUCUGAGAAGCAGAAGGCUCUGGUGCGUGAUGCUCUAGAGAACUCUGAGAAAGAGAAGGCUCUGGCUCGUGAUGCUUUGGAGAACUCUGAGAAGGAGAAGGCUCUGGUGCAUGAUGCUUUGGAGAAAUCUGAGAAGGAGAAGGCUCUGGCUCGUGAUGCUUUGGAGAAGGCUCUUGAAACGGGCAAAGUGCAAGGUCCUUCUCUUCCGGCGGCUUGUGGUGGUGAUGCAGCAGCUUUGGAGGAAGCAGCUCGAUUGGCAGAAUUGAAGGUUGCUGCUGAUCUCGCUUUGACUGCUGCGACCCAACAUGGACACAAUCCUCUUGCAGCUAUAGCGGGUCUGCUGGACCAGGAGCCAGAGCAACAGGUGCACUUCACAAAGCUGGUGCAUGAGGUUGCAGAGGUCAUGCAAAAACAUGUCACGGAGCAGAACAUGAGUGCGGAAGAGGCAGUGGCUUCCCUGAGGCGCAAACUCUUGGCACAGGAGAAGGUGCCUGUCCCCAGACGUCUGGACCAGUUUGCAGCUAGACCGCCAAGGAAAAACCGUGGUCGUGGCCGUGGUCGUGGAAAGCAGGCGACUGGAGACGAGGUGAUUGAUCUUGAAGAUCAAGAAGAGGUUGCUGAAGAGGCUCCUGAAGGUGAGCCGUCAGAGCUUUGGUGGACUGAGUGCGUGAAGAAGUUCAACUCGGAGUGCCCUGAUGAUGACUCUGCAUACAAGGGCCUAGCAGAAUCCUGUGUUUCAGACUUCAUUGACACUGUAAAGAAGUCUGAGGUGAAGUCAUGUAUGGCCUUCGUAGAGGUCAAAUUGGCCUGGCGAAGCUGGGGCUGGGGGCAAGCCCUGCUGAUCUCCCAGGUUUCAGAAGACCGCACUGUAUUAGAGCUCUUCCAGCAGGCGUCCUAUGUGGACUUAUGGGACGAUUGCUGCGACUUGAAUGAUGUGAUCAUUUACGCUAGGGGAAGCAAACGCCUUCGUAUCCCUUCUUCAUCCUGGAAGGAUGCCUUACCAACUCACCUUCCACUGGGGUAA